CCUGAAGCACCUUUGAGCUCAGCCUUUGGGCUGCAGGGUGGCAGAGAGCUUCAGAGAAUUCCUCCCUCUAUCCAGUAUCGGAACAUCUGUGUUUCAGUGCAAUCUCCACCACUGCCUCCCUCACUGAGCCCCAGGGUCUUCCCUUCCAGUAUAGUGAUCAGAUCCACCCUACUCUGUGUGGCUGGAUGAGACCCUGAACACAGACAGAUGCUCCUGCGGAGUCUCUCCCCACCUUCCUGGGCGAGGGUGCAGGACUCCGCCUCUGAUUGGCACUGCUCCCAGCCUGCCUAGUUGCCUGGCAACAGCUCCGCGUCUCUUGCCGAGGACACACUAUGGCCAGUGGUGGCAAUCCAGCAGCCAAGAGGGUAGUGGUAUACCGGAAUGGGGACCCCUUCUCCCCAGGCUGCCAGCUGGUGGUGAGUCAACGCCGCUUUCCCACCCUGGAGACCUUCCUCUGUGAGGUGACAUCGGCUGUGCAGGCCCCAGUGGCUGUGCGGGCCCUCUAUACGCCUUGUCAUGGCCACCCUGUCACGGACCUGGCGGACCUGCAGAACGGAGGGCAGUAUGUGGCCGCUGGCUUUGAAAGAUUCCGCAAGCUGCACUAUUUACCCCCUGGACGGAAGGCUCCAGGUGGAAAGAGCAGCAGACGAUCAGAUCCUCCUGAGACUCACUGCCCAUGUGAUAGGACCUGUGGACCACGACCACCGGCAGGUUCCCCCUGCUAUAUCCAUGUGUUCAGGAAUGGGGACCUGUUAAGUCCCCCAUUUAGCCUGAAGCUGUCCCAGGCGGCCAGCGAGGACUGGAAAACAGUGUUGAAGCUCCUGACUGAGAAGGCCAAACUACAGACCGGAGCUGUGUGCAAACUCUGCACCCUGGAAGGGCUCCCACUGUCAGCAAGAGAGGCUCUGGUGAAUGGCCAUUACUAUGUGGCUGUGGGAAAGGAUGAGUUCAAGGCCCUCCCCUAUCUGGAGCUGCUGGUGCCUAGCCCCUCACUGCCCAGGGGCUGCUGGCACCCUCCAGACCCAAAGUCUAGGCCUCACAAGCAGCGGCUCCCGCAGACACCAAGGGCAUUCAAGCGUGGCCUGGCAGGAGAGAAGGCAAGAAGAGCCAGCAUCCACAGCCCAAGCCCAGUCUUCCCUCUACAGGCCCAUGGCCACGGGGCACAGGCAACCCAGCCCUCUACAAAGGAGCCAAGCCAAAUUGAGCCAUCUGCUUCUCAUGCCAGACGCCAGCAGGCCAUUCAGCCAAGAAGCAGGCUCCCCACUCUCUCAUUUCCAUCAGGUGAGGGGACCCUGGGACCCUCUCACCCACCCUCUGACAGGGAUCCAGGACGGUCCCUGCUGUCAUGGGAGAGGUCUAUGGGGGCAGAAUGCCUGGGUACAGGGCCGGCCCUGAUCUCAGCACAAAUCUUUCCUGCUCCCCCGUGUGCACAUGAGGUCCCUGGCCUCUUCGCAGGGACCUGGCAAUACAGAAAGGCACAGGGAAACUCAAAGCACUGAAACUUCAGCGGGGGGUUUGAAAGGGAUGGAGGCCAAAGGCCUGCCUGGGAGCUAUGCUGCCAUCCUCUGAGGUAGUAGGGAACGUGGAGCAAGGCUCAGGGGAGGGCAGGGGGAGGGGCUGGGAGAGAAGGUCAAGGGAAUGAUGGCUCCUCAGCCUGGGCAUCAGCCCGCACUGCGUCCCUCAUCAGGAGUCAAAGGAGUAUAUGAGGCUCCCCACCCAAGGAAGGAGACAGCGGGGGCCCAGGAAGUGCCAGAUGAUGAAGACACCUGUGCAGAGCAACCCUUGGACCAGGUGUGCCGGGGCUGGAAGCAGUAUGUUGGUU